AUCACAAUGGAGCGCGAGAUCUGCAAUGAUACUGCUCACUCUUUAUCCAAGCUGUCCCUGUCUCGGCCCGAGCCGGGCACGGGCACGGUCAAGCGCCGACUGUUAUUGAUAUACAUCCAUGGCUUCAUGGGCUCCGAAGCUAGUUUCCAUGACCUGCCAGCACACGUCCAUGAUCUGUUGACUGGGCUACUGAGCGAGUCUCAUGAGGUGUUUACUCGCAUAUAUCCUCGAUACAAGUCUUACGGUGAGAUGCAUGUUGCAGCGGAGCAAUUCAGUGCUUGGCUAUCACCACACGAGGCGGAUGACUUGGAUGUCAUCUUACUGGGACACAGUCUUGGCGGGAUCCUAGCAGCUGAUGUUGCCCUUUUACAAGCAAGGGACCACCAACCAAAGCAUCGCAUUCUAGGACUAGUCAACUUUGACGUCCCCUUUUUGGGACUACAUCCGCGUGUUAUUCCAACUGGAACUAUGGGCUCGGUCGCAAAGAAAGACCCAGCAGCUGAAGGCAAGCUAGCGGGAGAGCAAGAAUCGCUAGGCAUGCAACCCGCCUUCAAACCUGGCACUUCAAAUCCGAAUUUCGAUCCCCCAUUCAUGAAUGAUGUACGCCUGGUUGAUCGUGGAUUUUUCAAAGGAUUGAUGCAUUUUGUCAACAAGAACACAGACAACCUCUCACGAUCAAUAUUUGACCGUGUUGUGUCGUCCUUUAAACAUGCAGGUUGUGUCAACAACUAUCCGGAACUUCGCCGGCGGUACCGACAUCUGGCAGAUCUGGAGGCUGCUGAGUCUAGUCCUAAGAGAGUACGUUUCGUCAAUUACUACACCGCAAGUACUGGCCGUCCGCCAAAGCCGCCAAAGCCACCAAAGCCCCCAAAGCAGAAGAAGACCAAGUCUUCAAAGAAAUCGGAGGACACCGAGGACAAAGAGUCAACGCCGGCCUCCUCAGAGCCCUCCGAAGACCCUUUAGAGACACCAAGUGUGUCUGAAGAAGAUAAGACAUUGAAUUCAACGAGCGAGGUGUCACUCGAAGGACAAGAACUAAAGUCCACUCCUUCGAAUUCUACUUUAGUCGAAGAAACCAAGGAUGAAAAGACCAAUGACGAGAAGCCCAAUGUCGAAAAUGAGCACCCAACAGACACAACAAGUCUCGCCUCAUCCAUCUCAACAGACCAAAAGGAGGCUCAGUCCACAUCAGAAAGCAUUUCCAUCACAACCUCCGUGGCCUCGGGGUCUUCAGAAACCUCGAAAGAUAACCUUCGCAAGUUCAUUCUCUUGCCAUCGCAUCAUUGGAAAUUUGAGAGAAAUGCUUACUGGCACCCUAUAUUAAUGGAAGGCAUGGACGAAGUGAUAGCGCAUCAAUCUAUGUUUAUUCCCCAAGGUGCAAACUACGACCAUCUUGUCGGAGAUACUGUCUCUCUGAUUGAACAGUGGAUCCAGAGUGAUUUAAGUCGACGAUUUCUUCUCGAGAAUCUUGACUAG